AUGAUAUCAAAUGCAAACCAGUCUAAACAUGAGUUGUCAAGAUCAAUGGCAGACUGUAAAAAGCUUGAGAUUCUUGAUGUGUGUAACAAUUCGAUCAAAGAUACAUUUCCAUUUUGUCCGGAAACUCUUCUUGUAUCGAAGAUUCUUAUUUUAUGUUUUAAUAAAUUUAAUGGUGCUAUAAGGGAUCCUUGUCAUCAAAACGAAAGCAGAGCAAUAUUCCCAAAGUUGCACAUCGUUGAUCUCACUCAAAACUCUUUCUCUGGAUGUCUGUUUUAUGACUACUUCCAAAAAUGGGGUGCCAUGAAAGUUUUUGGAGAGCAUGACCAUUAUGGUUUUGUUAAAAUUACAAUAACAAAUAAAGGCACAGCCAGAGAACAUUGGGAGAUCCAAAAAUCAUUGAAUUUGUUAGAUCUCUCAAACAACAGGUUUGAAGGAGAGAUUCCAGUGUUGAUAGAAAAUCUAAAAGGUCUUAAUUCACUCCACCUUUCCAACAAUUUACUUGUAGGUCACAUCCCAUCGUCUCUUAAGGACCUUUCUAAGCUAGAAGCGUUGGACCUUUCAUGUAACAAUGUCAGGACCUGUCCAGGAUCCUUUUCUGGAACCCUAGACAAGCCCUGA